AUGGAUUCUUCCGUAAUCGACAAUCACCAGCCCUCUGAAAUCGCGGACCCAAUCGACAUUAACGGCCGCCAGACCCCUAAUACUCUUUCCACUGGCAUUAAUGAUGAGGGUGACGAUUCGUUUUCAGAUUCUAUUAACGUCACUAAUUUGAAGAGGAAGUACGGAUUGGAAAGCGGAAACGGUAGUUCGAGUGAAGAAGAUGAUUCUCUGUCGUUUUUGAAGUCGCGUAAACUCAACAUUCCGCUUAUUGUUGAGCCGAUUAGGUCUGUGAAAGCUUCCGAGUAUGAAACUCCUGUUUCUCCUGGUUCGGUGAAAGUAGAUAAUCUUACGCCAUUGGAGGCCCUUCCUCUCUCGGUGGUUCCGAUGGAGGAUUUGGAAGAUGGUGAUAGUAAGGAUAAUCCGCCGAUUAAAUGCUGUAGGCAGUUUUGGAAAGCAGGGGAUUAUGAGGGAAAUUGCAAUCGUGAUCCUAUUUCGAAUUCAGUUGGUAUGGAUCAUGUUAGAGUACAUCCAAAAUUUCUACAUUCCAAUGCAACCAGCCAUAAGUGGGCUCUGGGAGCUUUUGCAGAGCUCUUGGACAAUUCUUUAGAUGAGGUCUGCAAUGGGGCUACAUAUGUUCAUAUUGAUAUAUUGAAAAACGAAAGGGAUGGAAGUAGAAUGUUGCUUAUUGAAGAUGACGGCGGUGGUAUGUGCCCUGAUAAAAUGAGAUGCUGUAUUUCUCUUGGUUAUUCUUCAAAGCGGAAUUUGCCCAACACUAUUGGUCAAUAUGGAAAUGGGUUCAAAACAAGUACCAUGAGGCUUGGAGCGGAUGUUCUUGUGUAUUCCCGUUGCAGUGGAAGUGAUCAAAGAGGCCCAACACAAAGUAUUGGCAUGUUGUCAUACACAUUUUUGAGGGACACUGGAAAGGAUGAUAUUGUGGUUCCCAUGGUUGACUUUGAGUUUAAAGAAGAUUGUUGGAGCAAGAUGAUGCGCUCCGAAGAUGAUUGGAAUAGGAAUCUGGAAAUUAUAGCCCAAUGGUCUCCUUAUUCGAUCGAGGAACUAUUUGAACAGUUCAAUUUUUUGAAAGAUCACGGGACGCGCAUUAUUAUAUAUAACCUUUGGGAAGAUGAUGAAGGUCACCUGGAACUCGACUUUGAUGCUGAUUCACAUGACAUUCAAAUUAGAGGAGUGAAUCGAGAUGAGAAGAACAUAAAAAUGGCAGAACAAUAUCCUAACUCACGCCACUACUUAACCUACCGACAUUCACUGAGGAUUUAUGCAUCAAUUCUGUAUCUCAGACUUCCACCGGGGUUUAGAAUUAUUCUACGAGGAAAAGAUGUGGAACAUCACAAUAUUGUGGAUGAUUUAAUGUUAACAAGGCAGAUAACAUAUAGACCUCAGCAACUUCCUGCCAACGCAAUCAAAAAACAUUCGGAUAUGUGUGUAAUGGUGACAAUUGGAUUCGUGAAGGAUGCAGGAGCCCAUAUCGAUGUUCAGGGAUUCAGUGUCUACCACAAAAAUCGGUUAAUAAAGCCAUUCUGGAGGAUAUGGAAUCCUGCCGGUAGUGACGGCCGUGGAGUUAUAGGUGUCCUGGAAGCUAAUUUUGUGGAACCAGCUCACGACAAGCAAGGUUUUGAGAGGACCAUCGUACUUCAGAGGCUCGAGUCACGAUUAAUUCAAAUUCAAAAGGAUUACUGGACGAAAAAUUGCCAAGAGGUGGGUUACGCUCCAAGACGACGUUCAGUGGAAUCUAAUUAUAAUAUGGAAAAUAAAAUGAAUGUGCGGAAUGGUAUAAAUGUCUCAAGUACUACUUCUUCGGUGGUCCUUCCUACAUCUACAACCAAACCUAACGUGAACAUGGAGAAAAUAGUAUUACCAUCUACCGUUAAAGUUACAAUUCAACCCGGAACGACUCCCGGAUCAACCUUGUACACUUACACCUCUCACUCUCACCAACCUCCUGUCACUCCAUCCACUGCGAGGCCGGUCAACCACGUGUUUGAACAGUCGCCACCUUUUGUUCAGCCACCCACCGCCAACUCAAAUGGAACGUUAUUUGGUAAUAUUGAUAUAUCAAGUUUGAAGAAAGGGAGAGAAGAGCUAAUUGAUCUGCUCAGGCCUGGAAGGUUAAAGGAUCCAUAUGUCAGCAGUUUGAUGACCUAUUUAUUGAAUGAAAUGGACAAGUAUAAAAGUCUGGAAAGCAAAGUUGCGACUCUUAACAAGCAGUUGCAUGAAGCAACCCAGAAGCUAGAAGAGAAGGAGAAAGAAGGGAUGCUUCAAAUUGAUUUCAGUUCAGCUGAAAUGAUGAAAAAAGACGAGGAGAUAGCCACUUUGACAGAGAGAUUAUGGGAUGCUACUGCAACUAUAAACGAGCUGCGAGGGAGGAUAAGUCAGCUAGAAAACAGUAACACGCUUUCGAUUUCCAAAACUGAAGCUAACGAAUGUGCACAUAAUAUGUUCUCAAGCCAGGAAAAUAAUAAUAAUCCCUAA